AUGGUGACGUUAGGUCGGACGUUGAAAUUAAUUCUCCAUGAUCAAAGAUCACGCAUACAUUUGGCGGAAAUAAAAAUGGCGAGCAAUAUAAAAUCAGCCAACGGCAGCAGUUUCCUGAAGGAGCAGAUAAUUUCCUUCUUCCAGCCCUCAGACAACAAACUGGCCAUGAAGUUGUUUGGGAACAAGAAGGCUCUUAUGAAGGAGAAGAUGCGUCAACAGGAAGCUGGAAAUUGGAUCAUUCAUCCCUGUAGCAACUUCAGCUUAAUAAUUAAGGAAAAACUAAAAAAAAUAAAGAAAAAUGAAUUAAAAAAUUGA